UUGAUUUGUGUAUGGUGCAUGAAUAGAAUACCCACAAAGUUCAGUGAGCAGGUUGUGUUAUGUGUGAUAUUUUUUUUUUGCACCAUGACUAGAGAAGGUUGUUUGCAUUAGGUCAUAUAAGUUAAUGCUGUGAGAGUAAAAGUCAUUGUUUUGAAAUACUCACAUUGUCCACUCGAUGGCACCAAAAUGAAAGUAGUCUCCCUGCAAGGAAAGUUCCAUAUUCAACUCUUCAUGUUUCGCGGUUCUAAAAGCCACAACAGUUUUUGGCAGAUAACGUCACAUAGUCUGACUGGCACCCCGUCUGGACUCGUUUUGGGCCAAAGCGUCCCAUCUCGUGGGAUUCGCUCCAUAGACUGGACCGAAGCGAAGUCAUUCACAGGGAUUACAGAUUAAGAUUUCCCCCCUGACCGCUUUGGUUGAGUUAAUCUGGGGAUUACGAUGUCAACAGACUGGAGCUACAGGAGGGGAAAUUGAAUUGUAAUGAGAAGAGCGGCGCCGGCCCUCAGAUUACAGCGCAGUCCCGGAGAAACCAGACACGAGAGUCCAUGUUUGUGCCUUUUGUCGUGCUGAACAAGACCAACACGGGACACAGAUAUUGCCUUCGGGCAAAGCAUUUGUCUUUGGGGCGGAACUGCAGUGGAAUAAUGUUCAGGAAGUUGAUUGAGUGGUAAAAAGGUUUCCGUGUUAGCGGUAAUCCCGCUCUCGUCUCUGGAGCACCAGGUGACAACUCCCGAGGUUCCUCUCGAGGUUCCUCCCGAGGUUCCCCCCGCUGCUCCCGCUGCCGCUGUCCAAACCCAAGGUUGCACCAAAACCAAGAAGAUGAAAGUGAAAUGGACCCAGCUGGGUUUGGUGUUUUUUCUGGUCCUGUCUAUGGUGAUGACAGGAUGCUUCUUCUGGCAAUAUCAACUCCCAAAGAUCCAGCCAGAUGAAGUGCUGGGUCGCAACUCCAAACUCGAAAUGAGGUGUCCCCGCUUCCCCGAGCCUCUACCACUGCAGCAUCCCAUUCCCAGUCUGAAAGAUGCUCUGGAAAAGGUGGACGUUUUGCUCCGCCAGAGCAUCCAUCCUGUCAGCCUCCCUGCUCUCUCCGCCAUCGUCGUCCUCAACGACACGGUUUUGUGGACCGGCAAUUUUGGCAAGAGAAACAGCUCGGAUGCCUUUUCGGGACCCCCCAAUGAGUACACGGUCUACAGAAUCGCCAGCCUGUCCAAGAUUUUCCCCACGCUGAUGUUGUACCGGCUGUGGGAAGAAGGCAAAAUCAGCUCCCUGGACGACCCCCUGGAGAAGUACGUGGAGAACUUCACCAUCAAAAACCCCAUGGGGAAGACGCGGGACUCGGAACUCAAAUACGUGACGGACGGUCUGAUCUUUCUGGACAGCGGCGAGGUUCCCAUCCGCUCGUCCUCGGUGACGCUGCGCAGGAUGGCCAGCCAGCUUUCCGGCUUGCCCAGGAGACUCCGAGCCACCAACCUCCUUUGGAAAGGAAAAACUCAAUCUGCAAUCAAUCUCCUGCAGGACGACGUGCUUGUGGCCGACCCCGGAACUAAAUGUCACUACAGCAACCUGGCCUUCUCGCUGCUGGCCCACGUGAUGGCCGAGCGCGUCGCCAGCGUGGACUACCAGCGCUGGAUCACAGACAACAUCCUGGAGCGUCUGGGCAUGGAGGACACCGGCUUCGACAUCACACCGGGCCUCCAGGGUCAAGUGGCGGUGGGCGUGUACUCCAACGGAAAGCCCGCCCCCCUCUACGACCUGGGCUGGUACCGCCCUUCGGGGCAGAUGUUCUCCACGGCGGCCGACUUGGCCAAGCUCGCCAUGAUGCUGCUGGGGGCCUAUCACCGCAAGCUCCUGGAGCCCGACUCCUUGAAGAUCAUGCUCACGCCGCUCUUCCGGUGCGACAAGGACUACUUCGCCAACCGCACGGGGACGCCGUGGGAGGUGAACGAGCUGCUGGGCUACGAGGUGGUCCGCAAGGACGGUGAUCUGGACGGCUACUCGGCCACCUUCUCCCUGGUGCCCCGCUUGAAGAUGGGCCUGGUGGUGCUGAUGGCGGGGAGCAGGUCCCAGAAGCAGGACGUGGUGGCCAAGGUUUACCAGCAAAUCAUCCCCGCUGUAGAAAAGGCCUUCAAGGAGGCCACCAGGGUCCUGGUUGCGCCCCCCAACCCGGAAGCGUACGCGGGCUUCUUUACCUACAGCAACAUCACCUUCUACGAGAUCAAAGCCGGCGCCGACGGCGUUCUGACCAUGCAGCAGUUCGGCCCUCAGAUCGAAGAGCUGAUCCCGGAAAAGUAUCGCACGAUAAAGCUCAACUACCUGGUGGAGCGCGUCUUCAGGGUGGCGUUCGAGAGGGACUACCCUUGCGUCCUCCGAGUGGGUUCGGCCUCCGUGUCCCUGGAAGCGCAGGACGGACAGCUGUUCAACUUCUACACCUACGACAAGCGAGGCCUGUCGCCCGGGUUCGACGCGCCGGGGCUGAACACGUACAACGUGGUGCGGAUCGCCCGCAAGCCCUCCUUCUCCAGCUGAGGAGUCGGACACGUGGACACUUGGAGAAGUGGCUUCCUUGCCUCAAACACUCCAUCUGUUCUCUCUCCGCUCGCCAAGUCCUCACGGGGAGACAGAAGCAUUUUGACCAUGUUGACGUUAUUUUCCCACACCGUUGUUGCAAAUGGCACUCCCGUCUUUCACUGUCCGUGACAAAGCAUCCGUGGAAUUUGCAUUAAACUCACCUGUCACAAUUUGAGGUCAACAAGAAGAUCUGCAUGAAGAAGUGUGCCUUUACAAAAAUAAUAAUGCUGUCAGAGAGGGUUUAAUUCGCAGGCUUUUUA